AUCUAAAAUAAAACAACCUCUGUUUUUCUAGACUCUUCUGAUAAAUACUAUACGUUCUUCCUUUUCUCAUUAAACGUGACGUUUUCAAUACAAACAGAAUUUUUGGUUCAUCUUUUAACAAAAACCCAUGGUUGAUUCAAUGAAGAUGUAGUCUUUGGACACGGUUUUUAGUUAAAUCAUCCCAAAAUCAUAGUGGGUUUUGAAUCAAUUUGUCGAAUUUACAUAAAAUCAAUGGCUAGUGGGGGUGAAAAUUUUUACUCUGUUUUGGGGGUCAAGAAAGAAUGUACGGUUUCAGAGUUAAGGAAUGCGUAUAAGAAGUUAGCUAUGAGAUGGCAUCCAGAUAGAUGUUCAGCUUCAGGGAAUUCGAAGUUUAUUGAGGAAUCUAAGAAGAAGUUUCAAUCAAUUCAAGAAGCUUAUUCUGUUUUAUCAAAUGCGAAUAAAAGAUUCAUGUAUGAUUUAGGAUUGUACAAAAAUGAUGAUGAUGACGACGACGAUAAUGAAAUGGGAGAUUUUUUGGGAGAAAUGGUUGAUUUAAUGGCUCAAACUAAACCCAUUGAAAAUUCCAAGGCAGAAACAUUUGAGGACCUUCAAGUAUUGUUUGAGGCUAUGGUCCAAGGUAAUAUGCAAGCUUUCAAUUCUGCUCCAUCAUUCCCAGCUUCAAACAGUAGAAACAACAGCACAAACACGAGUUCUAAGCGAAACUGUGCAGACUUAAAUAGUUACUCCGGAUGGGAGCAAAUGGACUUUAGACCGGCCGAAUCUCAUGGUCAGAGUUUCUGUUUAGGGGCGGAAGGAGGCUUGGAGGAUUCAAGAGGCGGAAGAGGAAGUUCAAAGAGGAGAACUGCAGGAAAACAGAAGUCAUCUUCUCAGCACAACAUGUCUGCUCGGGACUCUAAAAUUUCGGUUUGAAGCAAAGUUGGUACUGCAAGCAGAUACCUUGCUGGGGUGAGAAGCUUCAGCUCAUACUUGGGGCACCGGUUAAAGAAUCCGUGACUGAAGUUUUCUUUCUACUGUAACCACAUUUAAUUGAGUGAAUGUCUUUUCUUUCUACCAUUUGGAACAAUGGACCACUCUUACAUAUGGAAAGCUUUUGAAAUUAGAAGAGCUAUGCAGCUUCUGCUUUUGAUGUCA